ACUUCUCCCUUGGUGCAGGGUAAAUUGUAGGAAAUUGAAUACUCUUGGUUAAUACUGUUCCACGAGGCAAGACUGUACCUCUUAGAGUCACGGCACCGCGGAGGUCGUUGCAAUCCUUCACAGAGUGCAGUAAACAAGGCAAGCAGGUGUAAUAGAAACGCAUACACCAGCAGAGCAUAAUAGAGAAUGUCGUCCGAAGGAUCGCAAGGUCGUUCACAUUUGAGCACUAAGACAUCCAGCAACAAGGAUGGUCUUGCAAAAGCGUCUGAUGAAGAUGAUCCGUUGCGAAACAAUGAGAGCGCUCGCAGUCAGGCUCUUUUGGCUUACCAAAGGAAGAAGAAUGCUUUCCAGUCUCGAAGAAAACGGGCUCGAAAAAAGCUUUACUUCCUCAAAUUAAAGGAGGACAGAGAUGCCGCCCUGCAUCUGAAGAGACAACUUAGCCAGGAAAACCAGUACCUUCAGAAUUGUGUAAAUGUUGCUUUGAACAUUGUACGGGAAUUCAAUGCUGUAAUCGGGGAUGUGGUUCCUGCAUCACCUGCUCAUGAUUCUGGUCGGGACGUCCACGCGCUGAUGAACACAAGUGCAUGCUGGAUGCCUUAUCAACAAAGUAGCCGUUUGCCGCUACUAAUUCCAGGCCAGAAUGCAUGUAUUCAACACGUGAGCGCCGUUGAAGAACGCUCGUGCCAUACAGCUCGUAUGCCAUCAGAGAAAGACUGGAUACAUACUGGAAAGAGAGGGGGGAACGGGGGCUCCAUCGAACAGUCUGGAGAUCAACCAAAUUUUCCAAACGCGCUGGAACAGCAUGGUUAUGUUCGACAACACCUAGGACAGCAAUUCUCCUUACACUGCCCAGUUCAAGAUAGAGCUGCGUAUGACCACUUUUUGAGGAAGCUUCAUCGGGCCAACAUUGUCCCGCACGAUUUCGCAUUCCACCCGGUGAGAGAGAGAAUUGUUGCAUUGGAAUCCACCACAGUAGCACGCGGUGGAUUUCAUGUGGCUAAUCCCGAGGAGUUAGAGAGAAUCGUUUUGAUGCAACGCCUUCUGUCACUGGAGUCACUCGCCCGUCAGCGGCGGCUGAUUCAUUCGCUCAAAGCUGCGAAAGCGAAAGCAGUGGCGGAUCGCUUCACAGUCAGACUGGGAUACACACAAGGUGAUCCUCGUUGGAACCACUAAUGGAAAUCGUUCAAAGCGAAUUGUCAACAAUUCCACAGGUUGUGUAUCAGGUCAGCUUCGGUACAUUGUAUUUUUUGCUAAUCUCGUUGUCUCGGACGCGCG